ACGUCAAAUAGUGAUACCGCAGUUUUAGCGCGAGCAUCAAUCAACAUUAGGCGACCUCAAAAGUUUAAAGGCAGGUACGGCAGCUGUACGAACGUUAGGAAUCUUGUGGAGAUACUCGGAAGUAGUUGUCGUAAGUUCGGUGAGGCCAUAAGUGUCAUCAUGAAGACGGAAAGCACUUGUACAACGCGCAAAACUCUCGGAAACAUUCAGACCUCAAUGUUGAGCCAGUCGAGACUUGUAGGAACGAAUGGCACGAUAUCAGUUGAAAAGAACAGGAAACGAAAGUUCAACCUCGAUGCCGAAAACGCUAUGAGUCUGCUCAAAAAGGGAGACUCUGUGACUGCCAGCCAGCACACACAAACUAUAUCAGAAGAGGCCUACAACCUCAUGGUUAAGGAUGAGGUUCCUGCAAAAUAUUGGAAGGACCUCGCAGAACAGAGGUGUCAAGCUCUUGAAGAUGCAUUGAAAGAAAAUGAACAGCUGCACGAACAACUGGAGCUUCUAAAAGCAGAGAAUGAACAUCUUCAGAAGCUUGUAGACCAAACCCUUCCUCUGGCAGAACUUUUCAGGUCUUUGCAAGAUUGCAGCUCCAAGGAAGUCUAGACAAACAUGCAUUAUCUGCUGUUGUAGGUAGUGCUUGCUGUACUAUCAUCUAUCUGGGUACUGCAGCGUGCAAAUAUGGACUGCAGAAGUUUUUCCACAAAUGGCUGGAUGAAGCAGUGUUGCUUUCCAGAGCAUUUUGAGAUAUCACCACACAGAUAAUUGUUUCACUGUUCAGUUUUAAUUGCACACAACUUAGCAACAUUUUGUUUUUGGUGUUCUUCCCCAGCUUGAGAAAUGUUAGGCAAUGUCUACCUGAUCACACCUAGAUUUCUGCAUGUCAGCCCAUACAUGCUGAUACCAUCCACCAUGAUUUUUGUCCUUUCAAACAAGUAAGCCAGGCUCAUAACCUAAGCACUGGAUUCAUGAUGUAUUUGAUAAAGCGAACAGCAAUAAAUGAGAAACUGCUACA